AAGUCUAGUGGAAUUAUUGACAUCCAAGAUGGCUGCUGCCAGAGAAAAAACUUGACUGUCUCCCAGAGUUGGAGGGUCUAAUACAAACUUGAUGUUUCAUGUGAAGGAUACUUAGAUCCAGUUCUAGAGGGGGUUCUACCCCAGAUGCUGAGGAUGUGAUUGCUAUCAUAAGGAAUUAUUUCACUCAUCAGUCACUAGAGUGUAGUUGUGUAGGCUAGUUGAGUGUAGUAAUGUGUGUAGUAGUAGUACUCAGCCAGUACUGAUGACUUUACUUUGGGAAAAAAAUAGAUCUAGAUUCUAGAUUAAGUCUAGAGUGCUUAAGCUGAUUUUAAUUAAAAAUAGGCUAUAAAUUAUAAAUUCAAUGUAGGCAUGUAGGUAUAUUAUUUUUUUUUUGGUAGGCUGUUGGUAAUAGCAACUACUAGAAAAUAGAAGAAUCUAAUCUAGAUCUGCGUCUAUUUCAAAAGAAUAAGUUCUAUUUUUAUAACUAGACUAGAUCUAGGAAUAUGUCAAAAGAAAGCACGGAUGCAAACCCUUGGUUUUUCUCAGCUGUUUUGCCAGAUUUUUUAACAGAGGAUUCCAUUUUGAUUCCCCAAAUCUCCUUACUAGUCUUACUGGCAGGGUUUCUGAUUCCUCUCACCAUCAGCAGAUGGAGGUGGCACCCAAACAAACAGAAGAAAUGUUUACCAGGUCCCUGGUCGUGGCCGCUGUUUGGUCAUGUGAGAACCUUGACCCAGGACGCCCACACAAAACUGACCAGCUACCACCAGCUGUACGGGGACAUCUAUCAGCUGACUGUAGGUCAGCACAAGGUCGUGGUCAUUGGCAGUUUGGAUGGGCUCAUGGAAGGUCUUCAUGAUAGGUCAGACUCAUUGUCAGGUCGACCUGAUUUUCAGAACUUUAAUUUCCUGUAUGAUGCGGAGGAAAACAGACAAAGAGGUGUGUGCUGUGCAGACAACUCAGAAAAAACUCACGUGCGCAGGAACUUCCUGUCCUCCAGUGUCGACGCCUACUGCUCAGACGUGCAGCACAUUGAAGAGAAGCUCUCCUCAGAGAUCAUUGACACAGUCAACAGACUGGUUGAAAGUCAAUGUGCCUUUGAUCCCAUGGCAAUCUUAAAGCCUGCCUGCUUCAAUAUCAUAUUUAGGCUAGUGUUUGACCAGAGGCUGGACCCACAGUGCCAGCGCAUGAGAGAAACUUUGGCCCUCAUGGACAGCAGGAGAGAAGCUUUCCGACUUAAUCCGCUGGAUUUUUGUCCGCUACUCAAGAUCUUCUCAUCUGAUGAUUUUGGCAACUACAUCCAGGAAAGCUCAACUGUCCAGCUGUCCAUCAUCCACAAGUACCUGAACCUGCACAAAGACACGUAUGACCACGGCCACAUACGUGACAUGGCCGACCACCUGCUGCUGUACGUGGACAACGGGGAGGACGUGGGGCUGCUGGGUAAGGAAGAUCUGGACUACCUCCUGCUGGACGCCCUCAACUUCGGCUACAACGACACGGCGGUGGUGCUGACGUGGCUGCUGGGGUACAUGGCCAGCCAUGCGGACAUCCAGCGGCAGGUCCAGAGGGAGCUGGACUCUGUCAUUGACCACAGCAGGCUGCCCGGAGUUGAAGACCAGCCUUACCUCCCCCUGACCACUGCUUGCAUCUACGAGGCGCUCAGACUUGCGUCCAUUCAUCCUUUUUUAAUUCCCCAUUCAGCCACAAAAGAUACAACUCUACAGGACUACCCAAUUCAAACUGGCAGCAUCCUACUGUUUAAUGUCUGGAAGAUUCACCACGAUGCCAAGCUGUGGAAGAACCCCUACCAGUACAAUCCACACAGGUUUCUGAAUAAAUCCCGAGCCCUAGAGAUCCCUGACCACUUCAUCCCAUAUGGAGCGGGCAGACGACAGUGUCCAGGGGAGGGGCUGGCUGACGUCAUGCUCUUCCUAUUUUUUGCCACCAUUAUGCAGCAACUGUCCAUCAAACCUGACCAAGGCUUUCCUCUGCUCUGUGACCAGGAUAUUGUCUUAAAACCUAAAUCUUUCACACUGACAGUCUCGGAGCGAGAAUAGGCAUAAUUUAAAAAAUUGGCAUUCUCAAAUGAAAAAGUAAGAUUGAUUGUGAUCAAAUUGUAAAAUCAUGAAAAACCAUCA